AUGUCUUACACGCCAUACGAUGUUAACGACAAGAACAGAUCGAAUAAUACAGCUAACCCAUUUUCAGAUUCCCAGAAUCUUAUAGAUCUCGAUUUGGAUGAUGAUACGGACUAUUACAGACAUUCAAUUGGUAGGAAUAGUGUGGGUGAUCAUGCCUCUAGUCUGAUUCAAAACACCACGCAAUAUAAUCCGUUCGACGAUCCAUUAAUGCUAUCAGAUGAUGAUGACGAUACUUCAGGAAUGAGAGAUCAAUCUCAUAGUAGUAUUCGCCCAGUGCCAUUGCUUAGUACAUCCAAUGUGGCAAGUAAACAAAAGAGUGGCUUUUUAAAUGGAUUAAGGAAAAAGAAAACAUCUGACUAUCUGGAGAUGAGUAGUUCGAACGUUCAAGAUGGAAAUAUCAUAGACGAUAGGCAAUCGGAAUUUGAUAUACGAAGAAUGUUUCAGAGAAUAAAGAUGAAAAUCCUUGGAUCGGCUAGAGCUCAAAAUGAUUUCGUACCGUCCAGCGGACCCAGACACAUACAUAUAAUGAAUCAUGCAUCAAAUUCGGCGUAUGGGUAUUACGGUAAUCACAUAUCAACAACAAAAUAUAACUUUGCUACUUUCUUGCCUAAGUUUUUAUUUGAGCAGUUCAGUAAGUAUGCCAAUUUGUUUUUCCUUUUCACUUCAAUUAUCCAACAGGUUCCCAAUGUUACGCCAACCAACAGAUACACAACAAUUGGGACAUUGAUCGUUGUUUUACUUGUUUCAGCAAUCAAGGAAAUAACGGAAGAUGUUAAAAGAGCUAAUGCAGAUAAGCAGUUGAAUAACACAAAGGUUCAGGUUUUAGACACAGGCAGCGGAUCCUUUUCGUUGAGGAAAUGGAUUAAUGUUAAAGUUGGGGAUAUUGUAAGAGUAAAUAAUGGCGAGCCAUUCCCAGCAGACUUAUUAAUAAUUAGCUCAUCCGAGCCUGAAGGGCUUUGCUAUAUUGAGACUGCCAACUUAGAUGGCGAGACAAAUUUGAAAAUUAAACAAGCAAAAUCUGAAACCUCUUACUUAGUAAAUCCAAGGGAUAUUCUCAGUGACUUGUCGAGCUCAGAAGUUAUUUCAGAGCAGCCAAAUUCCUCGCUUUAUACUUACGAAGGGAAUUUAAAAAACUUUGCAUCUUCAGGCGAUAUUCCUUUUUCCCCUGAUCAACUUUUGCUUAGAGGUGCGACACUCCGAAACACACAAUGGAUAUAUGGGAUUGUCAUAUUUACUGGUCAUGAAACUAAGCUAAUGCGUAAUGCGACAGCAACUCCAAUUAAAAGAACAGACGUUGAAAGGAUUAUCAAUUUACAAAUCAUUGCAUUAUUCUCAAUUUUAAUUAUAUUAUCAUUUGUGUCCUCGCUAGGUAAUGUUAUAAAACUUCAAGUUGAUAAACGUACAUUAGGUUAUCUUAUGUUGGGAGGAACCAAUAAAGUGAAAUUGUUUUUCCAAGAUAUCUUGACCUAUUGGAUUUUGUUUUCAAAUUUGGUACCAAUUUCAUUGUUCGUGACAGUUGAAAUUAUCAAGUAUUACCAAGCAUACAUGAUCGGAAGCGAUCUUGAUAUGUAUCAUGAAGAAACAGAUACACCAACUGGAGUUAGAACAUCAUCCUUGGUAGAAGAACUAGGACAAAUUGAUUAUAUUUUUAGCGAUAAGACAGGUACCUUAACCAGAAAUGUCAUGGAAUUUAAAUGUUGCUCUAUAGGAGGAAGAUGUUACAUUGAAGAAAUUCCUGAAGAGGGCGGAGCUCAAGUUGUAGAUGGCGUAGAAGUCGGUUAUCAUAGUUUUAAGGACAUGUAUAAUGAUUUGCUGGAUACUACUCUGCAACAAUCUGCCAUCAUUAACGAAUUUUUUACUUUGUUAAGUACUUGUCAUACUGUUAUUCCCGAAGUUAACGAAGUCGACGGUUCUAUAAAAUAUCAAUCUGCAUCUCCAGAUGAGGGAGCAUUAGUGGAGGGAGCUGCUCAUUUGGGGUACAAGUUUACCAUCAGAAGACCUAAAAGCGUAACAGUGAGGAAUACCUUGACAAACUUGGAUUUUGAAUAUGAGUUACUAAAUAUUUGUGAGUUUAAUUCAACCAGAAAGAGAAUGUCUGCUAUUUUCAGAUGCCCUGAUGGAAUAAUAAGAUUGUUUUGUAAAGGUGCGGAUACUGUGAUUAUGGAAAGAUUAUCUGAAGAGCAGUCACAGCCAUUUGUUGAAUCAACAUUACGCCAUCUAGAAGAAUUCGCAGCUGAAGGUUUGAGGACAUUGUGCAUUGCUUCAAAAAUAGUCUCAGAGGAAGAGUAUAAGGCUUGGGCAACACGGCAUUAUGAGGCUUCGACCUCUUUGCAAAAUAGGUCUGAUAAAUUAGAUGAAGUGGCAGAUUUAAUUGAAGGUGAUUUGUUUCUUUUAGGAGCAACAGCAAUAGAGGACAAACUACAGGAUAACGUUCCAGAGACUAUAAGCACGUUGCAAGAAGCAGGAAUAAAGAUUUGGAUACUCACUGGAGAUAGGCAGGAAACGGCAAUUAAUAUUGGUAUGUCUUGUAAAUUAUUAAGUGAAGACAUGAAUCUUUUAAUCAUCAACGAGGACAAUAAAAGAGAUACUGAGCUCAAUUUAAGAGAAAAGCUAAGUGCUAUUCAAAAUCAUCAGCUUGACGGUGAAGACUUGUCUUUGGAAUCUUCUCUUACAUUGAUAAUAGAUGGUCACUCCUUGACUUAUGCGUUAGAACCUGAAUUGGAGGAUUUAUUUGUUGAUUUAGGUUCUCGUUGUAAGUCUGUCAUUUGUUGUAGAGUUUCUCCUUUGCAGAAGGCAAUGGUCGUGAAAGUUAUUAAAAGGAAAAAGAAAGGUUCUCUUUUGCUAGCUAUUGGAGAUGGUGCUAAUGACGUUUCUAUGAUCCAGGCAGCACAUGUUGGCGUUGGUAUUAGUGGUAUGGAAGGAAUGCAAGCAGCACGAAGUGCAGAUAUAUCGAUUGGACAAUUUAAAUAUUUGAAAAAGUUACUUCUUGUCCAUGGGUCAUGGUCAUAUCAUCGUAUUUCAAAUGCUAUUUUGUAUUCUUUCUACAAGAAUAUUGCUCUCUAUAUGACUCAGUUCUGGUUUGUUUUUUCAAAUGCAUACUCUGGUCAAUCGAUUAUAGAGUCUUGGACAUUAACAUUUUACAAUGUGUUAUUUACAGUAUUACCUCCAUUUGUAUUGGGAGUCUUUGAUCAAUUUGUCAGUGCUCGAUUGUUAGAUCGAUACCCUCAACUUUAUCAAUUAGGUCAACAAAAAAAGUUUUUCAACGUUACUAUUUUCUGGGGCUGGAUUGUUAAUGGUUUUUACCACUCAGCUGUAAUAUUCUUGUGCUCUUUCUUUGUCUAUCAUCAUGGGGAUCAAUUGGCUAGUGGAUUAAUAGCUGAUAAUUGGACUUGGGGCACUGCAGUAUUCACCACUUGCACUCUAACUGCUCUUGGAAAGGCUGCUUUAGUUGUCAAUUUGUGGACAAAGUUUACCGCGAUAGCAAUUCCUGGCUCUUUCGCUUUAUGGCUAGCUUGGUUCCCAGUUUACUCUAUCGUUGCGCCAUCAAUCAACGUUUCACAGGAGUACCGUGGGGUUUUAAAAACGACGUACCCAUCUCUUACUUUCUGGGCAAUGAUAUUUGGUGUCUCUGUAUUGUGUCUAAUUCGUGACCUAGCAUGGAAGUUUUUUAAAAGAAGCUACAGUCCAGAAAGCUAUCACUUUGUCCAAGAGAUUCAAAAAUAUAAUAUUCAAGAUUACAGGCCCCGUAUGGAGCAAUUUCAAAAGGCUAUCAGAAAAGUUAGACAAGUUCAGCGUAUAAAAAAGCAAAGAGGUUUUGCUUUUUCACAAGUGGACAACCAAGAUCAAGAGAAAAUUAUAAGGUUAUAUGACACAACUAAAAAAAGGGGCCAAUUUGGUGAGUUAAGUGAAGGUUUAUGA